CUGCAGACUCCCCAUGCUGAGACUGCGCAGGAAUGAAUUACCCCCAAGGAAACGUCGUUGUGGUCGUGCACUGAGGCGGAGCAGGAGGGUCGUGAUUUGCUGGGGCAUUGGACGUCGGGCAGAACUGCACCCACGCUGAACAGGGACGUUUCACAUCCUGAUAGCCCCGUGUUGUGAGGCUGCUUGAUUUGCCUGUUUCUCGCGGAGUUGAUCUGCCAUCACCAGUUGAACGGUGCUCGAAGGGGAGGAAUUGCCAACAAGGACACUGAAGCCAAGCACCAUGUCAGGAGUAAUAGUCACUCAAAUUAUCAGGACCUGAACGUAGUCAUUGUCAUCAGUGAAAAUGAAGAUAUGUGAAAAACAGCAGUGGGUCUGGAAAGGCAACAGACGUAUCCUGCUGAAUGAGAGAGAAGCACACUGAGGUCUCUGGAAAUGCAUUAACCAUUUGUAAAGCCUGAACUAUCAUUACAAUAUUUAAAGUGUGGAGAAACUGUUGUAUGUGUGGACGAGAUUUCAACCAAACCGGAGGAACGCAAGGACGUCCUCACCAUGGAGAAGCCAUACAAAUGUGAGGACUGCGGGAAGGAAUUCAAUUAUCCAUCCUUACUGGAUGCUCACCGCCGCACUCAUACUGGGGAGAGGCCAUUUACUUGUUCUGUGUGUGGGAAGGGAUUCACACAAUCGUGCACACUCCAAACACACCAGCGGGUUCACAGUGAUGAGAAGCCCUUCAGCUGCUCUCACUGUGGGAAGGGAUUCAGAUGUUCAUCCAACCUUAUCCAGCACCAGCGAGUUCACACCGGGGAGAAACCCUUCACUUGCUCAGUUUGUGCAAGGGGCUUCAGUCAGUCCACCACUCUGCUGACACAUCAGCGAGGUGUUCACACUGGUGAACGGCCGUUCAUUUGUUCCAUGUGCGGGAAGGGAUUCACCAAUUCAUCCCAUCUGCUGAAACACCUGCGAGUUCACACCGGAGAGAGACCCUUCUCCUGCUCGGUCUGUGAGAAGGGCUUUACACACUCAUCCACCCUGCUGAUACACCAGCGAGUUCACAAUGGAGAGAGGCCAUUUACCUGCUCCGUGUGUGGGAAAGCAUUCACUCACUCAUCCAACCUGCUGACACAUCAGCGAGUACACACUGGGGAGAAACCAUACACAUGUUCUGUGUGUAGCAAGGCAUUCACCCGUUCAUCUCACCUCAUGAGACACCAACAAGUUCAUGAGUAACUUCGAGUUUGGAUUCUGUUGUUAUUACGGCAGUUAAUUGUGUCCAUAGCUGAACAUGUUACAAUUGACUUUUUUUUCUGUUGUCAAAGCUGCACUGUCCCUUAUUUUCCGCUGUUGGUGAUUGUUUUCUUUCAAGUUUAAGGUACAUUUAUGAUCAAAAUACAUAUACUGUAUGUCACCAUGUACUACCCUAAGAUUCAUUUCAUUGCAGGCAUUCACGGUGAAUGUAAAGAAACACAAUAGAAUCAAUAGAUGUAAAAACUACACACAAAGACGGACAAACAACCAUUGUACAAAAGACGAUAAAUUGUGUAAAUACAAAAAGAUAAAGCAAAAUAAUAAUAGAAAAAUAAGUAAUCAUUGAUAUUGAGAACAAGUUGUAGUGUUUCUCAAAGUGAAGCCAUAGGUUACGGAAUUAGCUCAGUGUUGAGGUGAGAGAAGUUAUCCACACUGGUUCAGAGUCUGAUGGCUGAGGGGUAGUAAGUGUUCCUGAACCUGGUGGUGUGAGUCCUGAGGCUCCUGUACCUGUUUCCUGAUGACAGCAGCAAAAAAACAGCAUGGUCUAGAUGGUGGGGGUCCUUGAUGAUGGAUGCUACUUUCCUGCGAUAGCACUUGGUAGAUGUGCUCAGUGGUGGGGAGAGCUUUACCCGUGAUGGACUACUUUCUGUAGGUUUUUUUUGUUCAAGGAGAUUGGUGUUUACAUACCAGGUUAUGAUGCAACCAAUCAGAAAACUUGCUUCCGAGCUGCUUUGAAGUUUGUGAAGUUUUACAUGACAUGCCAAAUCUUCAUAGACUUCUGAGAAAGUGGAGCUGUUGCCGUGCCUUCUUUGUAAUGGCAUUUAUGUGCUGGAUCCAGGACAAUCAUCUGAUAUGGUACUACCGAGGAAUUUAAGAUUACUGACCUUCUCCAUCUCUAAUCCCCUGAUGAGGACUGGCUCGUGGACCUCUGGUUUCCUCCUUCUAUAGUCAAUUAUCAGUUAUUUGGUUUGGCUGAUGUUGACGUUGAUGUCAAUUUGCUUACAGCAAAUUUCCAUAUAGCAAAUUAGUUUCCAUUAAAAUUUCAACAUUUUUUCAGAAAGAUUUCAUUUAUUAAGAUUCCAAUUGAGAAAGUACUGGUUAAAUCUUGCUGAUGAUUACAUACAAAGGAACUCUAGAAUCUGUCAAAAGAAUAAAGUAUAGGAAUGGUGUAUCAAGUACCUC